AUGAUGGAAUUUUGUAAGGAUUACCAAAACAAUUAGAUAAUUAUAGAUCAAAAUAAUAAAAAUUAGGUUGCAUGUAUUUAAAUUUCGGAAUUUAAAAAACUUACCCACCUUUCAAGCCAAAUUUGUAUUUAGAAAGGAAAAAGAAUUACAUCAAAUGGCAGCAUGAUUAAAAUAAAGAUUUAUAGGAUUUUAACUCAAGAAUAAAAAAGGCUAAUAUAUUUUAGGAAGGCAACAGAAAAAAUAAAUGAAACGAAAAUAAAAAUAAGAAAAUAAAAGAUUUAAUAAUAUGUUAAGAAAAACAUUAAGAGAUUAAAAGAAACUUAAGAAAUCUCUGCUUCACCAAAUUAGAAAAAUCUAAAAGCUAAUAUUCUAGAUAAAUCUAACAUUUUUGGAGAAGCUUUGGAAAAUUAUGAUUUAGCAAUUUAGAAGAAUUAUCAAGAUUCUUAUUGUUAUUUCAAUAUAGCUGUGAAAUUAGCAGAAAUGAACUAAUUAGAAAAAGCUUUGGAGAACUAUAAUUUAGCAAUUUAUAAAUAUUCAGCUGAUUCAAGGUAUUACAAUAGCAAAGCUAAUGCAUUAGGAAAAUUGAACAGAUUCAAAGAAGCUUUAGAAAACUAUGAUUUGGCUAUAUAGAAAAAUCCUGAAAAUGCUAAUUAUUUUUAUAACAAGGCUAUAACAUUACACAAAUUGGAAAGAGUCUCAGAAGCUUUGGAAAGCUUUGAUUUAGCAAUUUCUAAAAACUAAGAAGAUUCUGAAUAUUUUUAUUGCAAGGGUAUCAGUAUGAAUAAUUUCGUAGCUAUCGCAUUAGAUUCUGUAAAUAGAUUAGAAGAAGCAAUAGAAAACUAUGAUUUAGCGAUAAAGAAAAAUUCAGAAGAUUCAAGGUAUUACCAUGGCAAAGCUAAUACUUUACAAAAAAUGAACAGAUUAGAAUUAGCUUUGAAAUACUACGAUUUAGCGAUUUAAAAAAACCCAGAAGAUUCUCGAUAAUUCUAUAAUAUGGCAAUUGCCUUAGAAGAAAUGAACAGACUAGAAGAGGCUUUGGAAAAAUAUAAUCUGGCAAUAAGGAAAAAUCCAGCUGAUUCAAGGUAUUACCAUGGCAAAGCAAAUGCAUUAAAUAAAUUAAAUAGUCUCUAAGAAUCUUUGGACAACCUUAAUUUAGCAAUUUAGAAAAAUCCCUGCGAAUCAUAAUAUAAUAAUGGGAAAGGUAUAUCAAAUUUGUGGUAUUACUUAGCAUAUAUAUUAUAUUAAUUGAACAAAUUAGAGGAGGCUUUGGAAAGCAAUAAUUAAGCCAUUUAGAAAAAUCCAGAAGAGGCUGAUUAUUAUUUCGACAAAGCUAAUACUCUAGAAAAAAUGAACAAUUUAGAUGAAGCUUUAGAAUACUAUAAAUUAGCAAUUGAUAAAAAUCCAGACAAUGCAAGAUAUUACUAAUGGAAAGGUGUAUAAAACAUUUUUUAUUUCUAAGCUUAUACAUUACAUAAAAUUAACAAAAUAGAAAAGGCGUUGGAAAGCAAUAAUUAAGCAAUUUAAAAAAACCCAGAAGAGCCAGAAUAUUAUUUCGACAAAGGUAUUAUAAAACUAUACGAAUUUUAGCUAAUACUCUAGAAAAGAUGA